AUUCUUGUCUGGCGACCCGUCGCCAUUAGAGCACGCUAGUUUUUACGGACGUAUUUUUGUUAGAGGUUAAAAUACUUAAUUUGGCGUGUUUUCCAGUUUUUGGAAAACAUCCCAACGCCUUGUUAAGGCUGUAUUGUUUUCCUUAACAAGUACAGGUCUUAAAUCCAGGGGGUCUUGGCCCCGGGGUGAGAGUUUUCCCCCCUCCUCUCCUCCCGAAUCCUACAAAAUAACUUGAGACGCCGAAAUCGUGUCUCUUUUUUUCUCUUUGGUUUGUUUUAGUGUCAAGAUGUCGCCGUGAUGGAGUCUCCGCGUUUGACAGAAAUGAAUCAGGGCCUUCGUCGCCUUCUGACCCGCGCUCUUUACAGCCCACUUUUCUGCUCCGAGCCUGUUUUUGAUGGUGGAGAGCUCGGCCCAGUUCAGUACCAGCACCAGCACCAGUACCAACAUGGAGAAGAACCCCAACAACAGCCAGCAGCCCCGCUCCAGCUCCACCGGACCCGCUCCUGGAGAAUCUAAGCCCAAAACAGAUGGUAAAAACAAUGGAGGCUCAAAGCGCUAUAGCCGUAAACGUGAGCCCUCCUGUCCCAAAGCCGACACAUUUCCUGGUACUCGCCGCACCAAUUCACAGAAAAGCAAGAAUUUUGACAAGAGACCCCCCCAGAGAGGUGGAGGGCGACAAUAUGGAGCUACAGGUGGAGGACGACGUGAGGAGGUAGCAGAAACCCGCCGGGCAGAGUUUAGCCCGGCUCAGCUCGCUGGACCGAAGAAAAUAAGCUUGAACCACCUCCUAAACUUCACCUUUGAACCCCGUGGAGGGAACGGUGGCUUUGGAGACGGGGGCCCUUCCGGUUGGGGCCGUCGAAACAAAUGGGGCCACAAGAACAAGCCCUUCAACAAGGAGCUUUUCCUGCAGGCCAAUUGUCAGUUUGUGGUGUCUGAUGAUCAGGAUUACAAGGCUCACUUCACUGACCCUGACACGUUGGUUAACUGGGACUGUGUGCAGCAAGUGCGCAUCUACAGCCAUGAGGUGCCAUCCUGCCCCAUCUGCCUCUACCCUCCCGUGGCCGCCCGCAUUACCCGGUGUGGACACAUCUUCUGCUGGCCGUGCAUGUUGCAUUACUUGUCUCUCAGUGACAAGAGCUGGUCCAAGUGCCCCAUCUGCUACGAGGCCGUGCACACCGACGACCUGAAGAGUGUGGUUGCUAUGGAGACGAGGCAGUAUGUUGUUGGUGACAAAAUCACCAUGCGCCUGAUGAGAAGAGAGAAGGGGGCUCUGGUGGCCAUGCCGAGUUCUGAGUGGGUGAAAGUUGAAGAGCCCGUUCGCCUUGGGGACGCCGGUUUGAGCCCGUACUCCAAGCUGCUGCUGACGUCCCCGGCUCAGGCCCUGGGCCUGGUCACGGAGGAGAAGGCCGUCCUGCAGGCCCAGCUGGGCCAGGAAGACGACGCCACGCUCUGCUUCAUCCAGAGCGCACUCUGUCUUCUGCAGGAGCAAGAGGAAAAGGUGCUAAAGCAGCAGAAGGCAAAUGAGGAAGUCCCCGACUUCUCCGCUCUGACUCUGAAAGAACCUUCUUCUCCUGUGGAGGAAGUGGUGACUAACGUCAGCAGUGCCGGGCCUGUGCUGCAGUACUCCUCAGCGUUUGAUGACGAGGUGGUGGAGGCUACAGGAGACUCGGCUGCAGAGAUGCCGGGCUGCCUGGAAGCGAUUUUGGAGAACGUGCAGGAGGAACCUGCAGAGGCUUUUCUGGGUGCAGCCCCCGAGCCCCAGGUUCACGUGGAAACCCCGGCCACCCAGGCUGAGUGUGGCCGCCCAGCGGCCAGUGUGGUGCAUGGACCUUACUAUUACUUCUAUCAAGCUGACGACUGCCAGCAGAUGUUCCUGCAUCCCGUGAAUGUGCGUUGCCUGCUGCGUGAAUACGGCAGCUUGGAGACCUGUCCUGACUACAUCACUGCCACAGUAGUGGAGAUAGUCGGACACACGGUCACCGAGGAUAUCCGGCGCCGGCAUCGCUAUCUGGGUCACCUGCCCCUGACGUGUGAAUUCAGCAUCUGUGAGCUGGCCCUGCAGCCGCCCAUCCUGUCCAAAGAAACUCUGGACACGUUUGCAGAUGACUUGGAGAAAAGGAAGCGCCUGAGGCAGAAGAAGGCCAGAGAUGAGAAACGGAGGGAGAAACGAAUUGAAAUGGAGGAGAACAAGAAACAGGGUAGAUAUCCUGAGGUGCAGAUUGGGCUGGAGAACCUUCACCAUUUCCCAGCGUUUGGUUCUCCGCCUCACAACAGUACUCUCCAAACUCAGCCCGAGUUCACCGUGUCCCCUCCAUCCCCCCUCAGCAGCAGCCCUGCCUCUGAUGGGAUGAUAUUCCCGGGUCUGAAUGGGCCCCCACUCACCGUGGGGAGCGUGGAAGAUGAUUCCCACUGCAUGUCUUUUGCACAGAUGCUUAAAGAUGGGAAGGCCAGAGUUGAUGUCGGGCCCAGGGUCAACCCAAAGAAAGACAAACUGCUGACCCCCCCGGCCGCCGACAGCGAGGGUGAGAGCGACGGGUCGGACCGUGUUCCCGUGCCCAGCUUUCAGAACUCCUUCAGUCAGGCGUUUGAGAAGGCUCUUCUGGAGCUGGACAGUCCGGCUUCUCCACCACAGCCCGUGGUAGAACCAGAUGAAAAAGGAGGAAAGAAGAAAAAGAAAAAGCAGAAACUGCUUUUCAGCACAUCGAUGGUUCACACAAAAUAGACGACACUGAAGUUCAGUUAAUCAUCGUUUCUUCAGAACUUCCCACUGCUUUUUUUUUUUUUUUUUAACUUCCAUGCAGAACUUUGGUGAAACUAAGCUAUGGAAAUAGGUUUUAGUAACUAGCCAAGGUGUAUGCCUCUUUGCUUCAUGGGCUUAAUCCGUCGUUUGGGUGUCUGUCCCUCAGUUUCAUUUAGAUUCAUGUAUUUGGUCAAAGCUGUGCAUCGUUUCCUGUCGUGCUAAAAGCCUUAUAGGUAACCUCUAGUUCAGACGCUAAGCAGAUGGAUAUAACGAGCUGCUGGCUCUAAUGAUGUAUGUGCUUCAUGCUUUUCCUGAUUUCUAGAUGCACAGUUUGAAAACGUUUACCUUUGACCACGAGCAAAGCAUUUAGCAUCCGUGAGUAAUAUGGAAAUGUGUUAAGGUGCUUCAUACUGGAGUAGCAGUCAGCCAGCUGCAAGUAGAUCGCACCUUUUCAAUCUUUCCUAAAUACUCAACACCCACAUGGUAUCAGAUCAGAGCUUCAUCUUAAAACUUGAUUAAAAAAAAUGACUCAAGUGUUUUGCAGUAACUGGCUCGGGAGGCUAAACUGUGGAUACUGCAGUAAUCACAAGUGCAGUAUUGUGUAAAACAGAUACAUUUUCCUAAUGGCAAGGAAGGAAUAACAGUAUUGUAUAAAACAGAUCUGUUCUGUAGGUUGAACAGAUGAAUUCUGCUUGUUUAAACCACACCAUUUCUUUUUUUCCAUUUCUGUUGUUUCACCUUUGUUUGGAAGUAUUUACUUGCUUUGAGUUAACCCCUCCAGUUUUAUCCGAGUGUUGAGGUUGUGUGAUGGAGAAUUGCUGAAAAAUGUAACGAAAGCUUGUUGAGGGUUUACAAAAGCUGACUUUUUUUGUUUGAGGGUUAUUUCAUCUUUCCUCUUGAGCAGGUUUAUAGACUAGUGAGCAAGACUAGUCUGUUGUAAUGAAUAAAGAUUUAUGCACAAUCUAA